AUGGCGACUCGACAAUCUGGCCGUCUAAAAGGCAAAGAAAUUGCAGAUUACACCGAGGACCUGUCCUCAGAGGACGAUGAGCUGGCACCGACGGGCGGCCCCAGCGGCGUAAAGCGCAAACGCAAGGCCAAGGAGGCGACACCCAAGCAACAGGCCCCAGCGAAGGCGGGCUCCUCGUCGACUUCGAACAAGAACCAAGCUCUGGCUAGACCGCCCAAGCGAAGGCGGGGCAACCGUGGUGCUCUCGAACUUCUCAUAGAAAUGCCAUUGGAUUUGUUAUUCGAGAUUUUUGGAAAGCUGGACCCCGCAGACGUUUUGAAUCUGGCGCGAGCCUCGAAGGAUUUACGGGCUAUCUUAAUGAGCAGGUCGUCGGCGAUGAUUUGGCGAGAGGCGCUUUCGAAUGUUCCGGAUUUGCCUCCUUGUCCGGACGACCUUGACGAACCUACUUGGGUUGAGCUAGCAUUUGGGAAGCGUUGCCAGCUUUGCGAAAGGAGCGUAGCACACACAAGUGUCGUGUGGGUGUUACGGUUCCGCGCAUGUACUCGUUGCUUGCAGGAGCGGUUCAACGCAUCAAUGCGCGAACACUCGAUCUACGAGCUUCCGCAGAAUGUGCGCAACAUAAUGCCUUCGUUUACCUUUGGCAAGUCUCAUCACAUCUGGUCCGUCGAGCAACGGCCACACAGAGGACGACACUUCCAUACGGAGACUUUUGAUCGGUGGAUGGUGGAAUACAAAUCGUUGCGACAUGAUCCAGCGAAAGAGAAGGCCUGGGUAGCAGAAAAAGUCGCAGAAUGGACCCCAAAAUAUGACCAUGCGAAGAAAUGCUUGGAGUGGGUAGCCAAGGUUGAAAAAGCCCGGGGUCGGGAUUUGGAGGCCGCUCGGGACAACCGCAAAGAAUGUAUUCUGAAAAAGUUGGAGGGCUUGGGAUACUCAUCCUACGAACUCUACGAGAAGGUAGAUGGCGUCUCCAUUUGGACGGCUCUCCCGUUCAAAAAUUUGCUGAAGAAGGAUAUCACCGAUCGUGCUUGGAACAACGUGCAAGAAGCUGCAGUCGCCGUCGCCCAACGCUAUCGCCAAGCCAGAAUUGAGAGACUUAAUGACGACACCAUCAAAUCGCGUUAUGACCUUGUCGUCCAACUCCAUGACAAGUGCAUGAAAUCACUGCCCAUAAACGAGUUCAUUCUAUCUGCUGGAGACCUCUUUCUCGUCCCCGAAGUCAGCUCUCUGUUGGCGGAGACGCCUUUGGAUCAAGAAAUGACAUUGGACAACUUCAACGACAUCUUCGAUAACAUCGCCACGAUCGCAUCCAGAUGGGAAUCCGAAGCCCGACAAACAUUAUUAGAUCGGCUAAGGCCCAAGGCCGCAGAAAUCCUAGGUGUUGCACCCGAUAGUGUUACUGAAUCGGCACUCAACCUCGCGUUCGCGCUGGUGCAUAGGUGCGAAUGGCACAAAUAUACCGAAUACAACCGCGAGUCUCUGGAUCGCGACCUCCACAAAUUCGUCCGCCACACGCGUCCCGAUGGUCUCCCCUGGAAUAUCAACUGCGGGUACGAGGUCAAUGUGGGAGAAAUCGACCACAGGGUUGCAAAAUUGGUCCAAAUGGGCUAUGACCCCAAAACUGUUACUUGUCAAGAGCUCGAUGGUCUCGGUGAUAUUUUCGAGUGCACUGCCUGCUCGAACCCUGUGAAAGGCCGCAUGAUGCUCACUUGGCGCCUAGCUCUCACUCACAGCGCGACCCACCUCCAAAUCACCAAGGUAGAUGCUGAAACAGCUGAGAUUAUCCGAGGGCGUAUGGCCGAGCAGGCAUUGGAAGCUGCCGCCCGAUAUCACCAGCCACACCUCGUAUGCACACAUUGCAGGUUGGAAGGGACGGCACUGACGCUUCGCGAUCAUUUGGACAGCGCGCACGGCAUAACUGACCCCACUGACGACGAUGCUGUGGUGAUUCGGGGCCGAGAAAGAAGGCUUGCUGACGGUUAUAGGUAUUGGAAGUUCAGGGGUACCGCGACCAAGUUUUAG